AUGGUGUCUUCCAUCAACGCUACAACACUGACCAAUGUAAUUUUGGAUACACUAAUGCGGAUGAACAUUUCUUUGAAUAAGUGCCGUGGGCAGUGUUAUGAUGGAGCCAGCAACAUGUCCGGAGCUAAAAAGGGUGUGUCUGCUAACAUCACCAGGAAAGAAGCAAGGGCAAUAUACACACAUUGUUAUGGACACGCACUCAACCUGGCCGUUGGCGAUACCGUGAAAAGAUCAAAGGUGAUACGUGAUGCCUUAGAUACUGUGUUUGAAAUGUCAAAACUCAUCAAGUAUUCGCCUAGGAGGGACACCAUACUCGAGCAGCUGAAGCGCGAGAUGGUACCAGAUACACCAGGAUUCCGUGUGCUAUGCCCCACUCGAUGGACUGUUAGAGCUGCUAGCUUGAACAGUGUCUUGAAAAACUACUUUGUCCUUUAG